AUGUUCACUUCACGAAUCCCUACACGUCAACUGCACCCAUGGCAGGUGGCACAGAAAGCCAUAGCAGCCGAUCAGUUAGCCCAGUCUCCGUUACCGCACUCCACCAAAACCCUUGUCGGCACGAGCGAGAAGCACUGUCGCGCCACAGUUCUCAGCCUGUGCAGGCAAACGCCGCCUCCCAGCCGGCUUGUGCGCUUGCGACCCCGCAAUGUGCCGUCAGCGAGUAACGGGAGCGCGUUGCUGGUCGACCCCUACGCCGGUCUGCUGACCGCGGCGGAGCGAUCAGAGCGGGAGAGAGAAUCAGGGGGACAAGGGGACGCGGGAGAUGAUGCGGAGAAGGCGGCGGGGGAGGCGGCGUCGUAUCUGGUGGCAACGCGGUUCCUGGACGACGCGAUUGAAGAGGCGGUGGCGCAGCUGGUGGGCGGCACAGAGGAGGUCCGCCAGGUUGUUCUUCUAGCGGAUGGGUGUGACACGCGUCCGUACCGCAUGGCGUGGCCGCGCCCCAUGGUGGUGUUUGACGUGUCACCUGCUGCGCCUUACACCGCCUGCCACAAGCUCCUCCUUGAGGCUGGAGCGCGGCCAGCCUGUGGAUCGGUGGUACUCCACGUGUCAGCUGACCUGUCCACCGGAGAGGACUGGCGGGACGAAGGUUGGGGCGAGAAGCUGCAGAGGCUUGGAUACAGAGGAGACAGGCCGAGCCUUUGGGUGGUGCAGGGGUUGCCCCACCUGUCACCGUCAGGCCUGAAGACCAUUUUGGGUCACUUGCAGGGGCUGCUCAUGGCAGGCUGCCAAGUAAUUGGGGAGCUGCCCUUGCAGGCCAUCGCUCCCCAGGCGGCUGUUGGUGGUGCUGCAACAGACUCACGGGAGGACUCUUUGGUUUCUGUCGCUGCUCUCUCCUCCCUGUUUGCCUCUCAUGGGCUUCUGGCUGAAGUGCAAUCAAUUGCCUCAAUCGCUGACCUGUAUGCUCAGCAGUGCCCCACAGCCUGCCAUCUCCUAGAUCAUUUGGAAGGGUCUGAUGGGCCAGCACCGAGAAAUAUGAUGCUGUUUUCGGCAACACAGCAGCGAAUGUCAGAUGCACAGGUCGACCGGAUUCUUUACUCUUCGGUGGUGUACCCUCACAACUACGGGUUCAUCCCGAGGACUCUCUGCGACGACAACGACCCAAUGGAUGUCCUCGUCUUGAUGCAGGGAGAGAUGGACGACAAGAUCAUUGCUGUGUGCGCCGACGACCCAGAGUACAAGCACUUCAAGUCUAUUGACGAGCUUCCGAGGCACAGACUGCAAGAGAUCAAGCGUUUCUUUGAGGACUACAAGAAGAACGAGAAUAAGGAAGUCGCAGUCAACACUUUCCUCGGCGCCACGGAAGCCAUUGAAGCUGUGAAGAAAUCCAUGGAUUUGUAUGGCCAAUACAUCCUGGACAGCUUGCACAAGUAA